AUGUCAAGGCGUUUAAAGACCGUGCCCCUGGUCUUUUGGUUCCCCCAUUCGUGUCGCGCUCCCUCUGCUUCUGCUAUGUUCGUCUCCCUCCGUCGCCGCAAACGCAAAACACCUCCCACGACUGUUGCUGAAUCGACCUUCACUCACUCCUUGGAGUCGUGUGAAGAAGACUUGCUUCUGGUGAAGCCUUCCAAAAGCUCCACUACCAACUGCGCAAUGGCUGCAGUGGAAGAGAAAGUACAUGCUCCUCGUCGUUCUCCUAAAUUCUUAGACGAGCUUACUUCAAGUCCCAAAUCCGAAGCACUUGACCUACCGCGCAAUGUCCCACCUGCUGACAUGCGCCAACGCGAUAACUCAGAACUUUGGGUCACGAUGCACUCCGCACGACCUUCAUAUGCCAACAAAGAUGGUUUGAGGGAUACUGCGGAUCAACGCACACAAUCGGAUGAUAGCACGAUGGGACUUGUAAUCGAGGCCUCCAGUGACACGCUCUCUGGACAAGUCCAGGCUCUGGGACGCCAUGCGUUGGAAGGAGUGCCGACCUUGCUGAGAACGCUUGAGGCGCUAGCAAGAGUUCAUCCAUUUGUCGAAUUGGCAUUCAUUCCUUUCAAACUCCUGUACCAUCUGGAAACAAAACGUCGAGACAACGAUCAUCGACGCGCAGCUCUGUUCACGGUCAUCAAAGAUGCGAUGCUCGCAUUGGUCGAACUCGAAUAUUUUACCGAAGAUUAUACUGCAUACCGAACUACGCCUGCUGGCCAGAAGAUUAAGUCUCGCAUUGUAGCCGUUUGCGAGCAGAUGCAAAAAGACAUCCAUGGGUGCUAUAAUGAGCUCUCUGCGCAUGACCGCUCAGCACCAGCCAUUCAUUUUGUUCGAGCUGUAGGCCGGAACAAAAUUCUCGCGGAUUACGGUGCGCGGUUCAAGGCGACCCGAGAAGACUUGGUGUUUGCUUUGCAGAUUGAAAACGCUCUGGCUGUCAACAAAAUGCGUCAUAUGUUGGAAGAGCAGCUCAUUCCAAAAACAACCCCUUCGUCGUCCCCAGUCAUCCCUGCUACCCGCACCGACUCGCGAGAUCCGCCUGGUCGUCCCAGCUUACUCCGACUACCGACCUACCCACCUGAUAUUCUCAGCGCGCAAGACGAAUGGAAGCUUAACAAUAUGAUGGAUCCGACAUCCGCGCAAAGCAUCAGCAACUCGGCUCAAUUGUCUUCAGAGAUCGAGUGUCUCUCCCAAAUCGAGGACACGAGCUGGAAGGGUGUCCUCGCUUUACGGCAACAACUGCUUCUCGGUCAGAGUCGAGGGUUAAAAUUCCACAACGACGUUGGUCGGGAUAGACCCCCAGGACCCCCAGAGUCGACAACCACCACAAGUCGUGUAUCGUCUGCCUUGCUUUCGAUGCCACGUUCGCAGUCGUUCUCAACCUCCUCCGCGUUUCCUUCCCCGCAGCUUCCUCCUUACACUCGACUGCCUGUUACGCCUGGUCCGGGCGGGAGUCCUCGUACACCGCCGAUGUAUUGGGACUUCGAGCUUGAAGCAGGGGGCUAUUUUGCCAACAGGCCUCCCCCACGUAACUUGUUGGACCCACGGCUGGGAACCAUUGCGCCAUGGGGCGAAUCACCGAGUUCGACUGUUGUCGGGGACGGCAGUCCUUUUGUCGUCGGUCUCGAUAUCUCGGGCGCUGGACACUCCGAUGAUUCAAUAUAUCGCACAAAUAUCCAUCGUGGAUGGUCGCUCGGCGCCGUUUCUCAAGAGAUUGCAAGUGUUUUUCUAACUAUUCUUUGGGGACACUGGGAGCAGUUCAGACGGAUUAACCUCUCGCAGUCCUCAACUGCCACAGGGACGACCGCAGCACACACCGACAAUGUCGAUGCAAGCGAUAGCGAUGCCGACUCGGAUAACGAUGACGGGACUGUAAUUGGCGACUCUGAUUCUGACGACGGACCAAUAUACAUGCGGUCAGUUCCUCGGAAGCAGAUGCCAGCUGCACCACCGCUCCAGAAAACGGAGUCAAACUCAUCCGUCAAGUUCCUCCACGAUAUGCCUGGGUUUUUGAAAGUGGAUGUAGAGGAAGAAAAACACGCGGAGCCUGACUGGCCCCGAAUCGUAACCGUCUACUUCGUAGUCUCCGUGGCGACUUCGAUUCGGUUCUAA